CGGCCGGGCUAGGAAUGGAGCGGGAGGAGGGGCGCGGCCAUCUUUGCUAAGGGCAGCGCCGAGCGACUCUCGCCGGCCGAGGAAGCGCGGUGCUUUUCAGGCCCGGCACGGCGUGGGUGCGCCUCAAGACACGUCGCCUGUGGCCACCGCGCUUGGGGACGGGACUGGGUGUGGCACGGCGGCCACCCGGGAAAGCCGCGCCAGGGAGCGUGCCCGCCCCGCCGUGGUUCCGCGUCCCGGCGCUGACAUCAGCGGCGCUCGGGCGCCGCGGCUGCUGAAGCACCCUGCCGCCAUCUUAGUUACGGGCAGCGCCCCCGGAGCGCUGCCGCCCGCCCGGCAUCUGAUCCCGGACAGCCCCGGCCCAGCGGGAGCGGGAGGAGCGGCGGCAGCGCCACGGCGAGUCCUUGCGCGGGCCGCGGGCGGACAGACAGCGCCGGCGGGGAGCGGGGCCGCGCCGGGUCCAGGCGGACACGUGGGCCCGUCCCCUGCAGUGCUCCUGCGAACGGGGUUCAGCUCCCGCUGCCCGGGGAGCCUCGGGAGAGAGCGCGGGUUUGGUGUUAGAUGCUGGGGAACUGAGGGGGGGACGACUUCUCCAGACUUUCCCAGUAUUGUGUCCUUCAGCGUUUGGACGUGCGCUGUUGCAGCUCCCCUUCUCCUCGAAGUUUCACUGGAGUUGAACUUUGGGCCGCCCGGAAUGUUCAGGUUAAAAUGUGGGUGCCACUUGUUAACAAACAGACUAGUUUUACUUAUUUUCUUCUCAUUUGAUUUACCCAGUGAAUCAGACACUUUCUUUGAAAGAGGACGUUUAUGCUAUGUCUGUUUCCUCUGUGUGUAUGUGUAUUUACGCCUGCAGUUUACGUUAUGUAUAUUUCAGCACAAUGUAAAUGAUCGGCAGUUUGGGAUUCAGAAACUCCAGGCUGGCUGUCACAAGAUGAAGGUUAGGAUGUGCUGCGCUGGACUGCGGAAUCUUCUCCAAGGGCUGAGCUUCCGUGCCAAGUACUACUCAAAGCAUAACCCUCCUCAAACAGUGUGUCCUUACAGUAAAAUUGGACCAAAAAAGUGCCACAUCCUGGGCUGUUCAAAAAGUACAUGCAGCCACAGGACUGCACCACCUGGAAGCAUCCUGCCAUGCAGAUUCUUUUCCUGCAAGCAGAAAGGAACAAAAGUCCCUUCCAAAAGGAAGCAAAAUACAUCCAUAGUAACUUCAGACCUUUUGCACAAGAACCUUCUGAAAUCAGAGCAAAAAAACUGGAAUAACAUUUCACCAACAUACAAAGCUAUGACAAAAAGAAUCAAAGAAAAACUGGAAGAAUUGCACAACAUGUAUACACUCAAGUCAAGAAGCCCAAGGAUGAGGUUUGGAGAGAAUGUGUACUUUGAAGAGAAUGGCAGCAUAUUUCUUGCAAAGGCAGAUGAUGGUGAAGGAAAUGCUAAGAUUUUAUUCAGUGUUGAAGAUCUUGGCUUUUCUGAUGCCUUUAUUCAACGGAUCAGAAUUUCACCAGAUCAAAGAUACAUGGCCAUCAGCUUAAAAAGUGAAAAUUCUGAAGAGGCAAUCUGCAUUAUUAUGAAACUUGGUCAUCUUCCUUUUGUGGAAAAAGUAAUUCCAAGUGUAUUUAGCUUUGAGUGGGCUGCAAAUGAUGUUCUGUAUUACACAACUCAGAAGAACCUUAAAUGCCAGAAUGUAUUCAUGACCACUUUCACUGACCAGAAACAUACUAAGUUAGUUUAUACAGAACAAGAUGCAAGAUUCUUUGUAGACCUUUAUUGCACAAAAGACAGGCAUUUUCUCACUAUCAACAGCAACAGCAAGACAACCUCAGAAGUUUGGCUGGUUGACUGCAGACAUCCCUUUGAGUCACCUGCUCUUGUACAAGCACGAACCACGGGGGUCAUUUACCACAUCGAGCACAGAAAGGACCAGUUGUACAUUCUUACUACAUAUGGAGAGCCUGCAGAAUAUAAGUUGAUGAAGGCACCAGUAGCUUCCAGUGGCAAGGAGAACUGGCAGUUAGUUUAUGCACUGGAAAAGAAAACCAAGCUAGUAGACUUUGAGAUGUUCAGUGAUGACUGUAUUAUGUUCCUGAAGAAUGCUGGUCAUCUUUACUUAAAUGUGAUUUCUUUUGUUUCAUACUCAAUUCAGUCAAUAAAGCUACCUACGUGGGCCUGUGAAUUUGAAUUGGAAUCUCAUCCUGAACAUACCACCAGCACCUGCUAUUUUCAGCUCUCCUCCCCAGUACACCCCCCUAAGCGUUUUGCAUAUUCAUUUAAAGAAAAUAAUCUCAUUGAACAAGCUGUGCAAGAGGUACCAAUUAUUACGAAUUGUCACACUACACGUUUACUAGCUAAAAGCAAGGAUGAAACUUUGGUGCCAAUUACAGUUUUUCAUAAUAAGAAUUCUAAAGAACUACACAGGAGACCACUUCUAGUUCAUGUAUAUGGAGCUUAUGGCAUAGAUUUGAACAUGAGCUUUAAAGAAGAGAAGCUGAUGUUAAUUGAAGAGGGUUGGAUAUUAGCAUAUUGCCAUGUUAGGGGUGGAGGAGAGCAGGGCCUUAGCUGGCACAGAGAUGGAUGUCAGCAGAAUAAACUCAAAGGUCUCCAUGACCUCAGGGCUUGCAUCACGCUGCUGCACCAACUGGGAUUUUCUCAGCCUAAACACACAGCACUGGCAGCUGCCAGUGCUGGGGGAGUUCUUGCAGGAGCCCUGUGCAACACUGAUCCAGCACUGAUCAGAGCCAUGGUUUUACAGGCUCCUUUCAUAGAUGUUCUAAAUACAAUGAUGAAAACUCAUCUCCCACUGACAAUUGAGGAACAAGAAGAAUGGGGAAAUCCAUUAGAAGAUGAAAAAUGUAUGAAGUAUAUCAAAAGCUAUUGCCCAUACCAGAAUAUUAAGCCACAGUGCUAUCCAUCAGUUUUUAUCACGGCAUAUGAAAAUGAUGAACGGGUAACACUACCAGGAAUUUUACAAUAUGUUCAGAAACUCAGGAAGGCUGCACUAGAUCAUGCCAGCAGAACAAGUAAGAAAGGAAAUUGGAUUCCUAAUAUCAUCCUAGAUGUCCAGGCAAACGGCAGUCAUUGUGAUUCAUCCUGGGAGCACUCACUGAAUGAGGUUGCAAGACACCUUGCUUUUCUGAACAGAGAACUUGAGGAAGUGUGCCAUCCCCAACAUCACAGCAAAUCCCGCAAGUAA